AUCAGACGUCUGUCUACAGGUUGUACAGCCAAAGGAAAGAUUUUAAAAAAAAAAUAUGGAAGACAACAACAGCAUCAUGCAAGAUGACGAGACACAGCCUUUACUAGUGGUUAAAGGUCAGACUACAAAAAAAGAAAUAUUUUUGACGGGACUAAAAGGAGGACGGCUUUACAUAGUAAUUGGAGUGGUCACUCUGGCAAUCAUCUUCUCAAUGAUGACUGUGAACUGGACAAAGAUGAUCUAUACUGACGAGGAAGCAAACUCGAUGCUGUUCGGAGUAUUAAUUUCCAGUAUUUCAGUUGGAAUUUUGAGCAUUUUAAUCCCUACAUUGUCCACGUGCUGCUAUGGCAGAGACCGGAAAUUAGAUUCGAGUUAUAAAAAAGUAAAAGAGGCAGCAUUAUAUAUUUUUGGUAUCUGCAGUUUUCUUCACUGUACACUAUUUAUUCUUAAACACGCGAACAGCAGUAGUGGGUGUAGUCAUAGAAUUGAAGGAAUAGCUUAUAAUGUUCUAUCAAUUAUCUACACAAUCUUACUAAUGAUUGAAAUAAGUGUCUGCAAAGUUUUAAAUGAGAGUGUGUGUCACAGAUUGCUUUCUACUUGCAUUUUGUUCGCCAACUUUAGCUUCUGGUUGGAUACAAUUUUUUCUGAAUCGGGGAGCAUUUUUAAUCAUGGAGAUGAGAUAGAAACUACACCGCUGAAUCAUACAAAUAUAACGACUUUUUGUAAUUAUACAAAACGAUCUAUGCUUCUAAUAAAAAACGUCGACCCCGUGUUGUCCGCUGGUACUGUUGAGUUUGCUAUUAUUACCGUGGACAUGAUUUUCUCUAAUAUUAAGCAGCCUGAUUCACACAAUAGCAACUUAAACAGUACACCCGAUGAUGCAGAUGAGGUGAACACACAAACUGAGGAUUCAGAUCCCUUGCAAAAAGUAAAAAAGCUGGUAUUGCUUAUGUUUGGAAUAGCAUCAUUUGUUUUAUUUGCAAUUUCAAUAGUAGGGUUUUUUGCAGGUUUGAGCGAGGAUGAAGAAAGUGAUAAAGAAAAAGAGUCUUUGACAUUAUCAAUAUUUUUCGAGAGUUAUAUCAUUUAUAAAUCAAUUAUAAAACUAGCGAUGCUCGUCUGUGUAACUUGGUGUACAGUGUUAUCAUGGCAAAAUUUCAAAUAUACAUUCAGCGUAGGAGGAUUAAUUUUGAUGAUGAGCUGUUUUGGAAACAUUAUCUAUCAUAUGUUUUAUUUGUUUGCGGUAUGGAAAAGUUAUCAGGAUAAAAAGGAAGAGGGGGUAGAUACUUUCCUUGGUUUUGCUUAUUUUGAUAACAUAGUCAGUAUCAUUGUGGCUGCAGAACAAACCAUAUUUAUAUUGGCUAUCGAAAAUGGAGUAAGCAUGUCCAAUAAUGGGCACAAAAAUACAGUUUAUUAUGUUUGUAUGUUGUUAGCCAUUCUCAAUGCAGGAUUGUGGGCUAGUGAUUCCUUUGGGGAGUCUAGAUUACCAAUUCUGAGUGUUAUAAUCAAGAGAAACUACAGCCAAACUUUCUGGAUAAUUUUUACCAAACUUGUUUUGCCCAUUACUAUAUUUUUUCGAAUUCAUUCAGGAUUAAUUUUGCUUAAAAUGCAUUGUGACAGGGACUCUCAUGGGUCGGAAUACGGUCAGGUUGAAAUGCAAAAUGCCAAUAGCAAUUCUUCAUCGCAAUCAUCUGGAAGCAACACUAGCACAACAUAAAUGUAAUUGGAGAUCGUAGGAAACGAAAUUGUAGGAUAUAAGGCCUAAUCAUUGAUUGUAAACUGGAAAAUCAAUAUAUGCACCCAGGGGUGCAUGAGCCGAGUUGCAUGGGAUACAUUGUAAAGUCAGGAAUGAUGUGGCAUAUUUAUAAUUGUGAAGAACUAAUUUCAGUUUUAAACUUUUCGAGUUACUGUCCAGAAACCAUAUCUGUCUGAAGUUUUCAAUCUAUUUUCGGUGAGUGUGACCUUGACCUUUGAUCUUCAAAAUCAACAGGGGCCUUGGUUUGCUGGUAUCCAACAAUAUAUCCAAGUUUCAUUUGAUUCAAAUUAAAAAAAAUUCGAGUUAUCCUCCUCAAACCAAAAUGUUUUGGAAUUUUAAAUCUAUUUUCGGUCACUGUGACCCUGACCUUUGACCUAUUUUCUCCUAAAUCAAUAGGGGUCUUCCUUACUUGGUACAUAUCAUUAUCUUUAUGUAUCAUUUGAUUCGGAUUUAAACUUUCUGAGUUAUCAUCCGGAAACCAAAUGUUUCUGAAAUUCUCAUUCUAUUUUCGGUCACUGUGACCUUGACCUUUAGCCAUUUUUCUCCAAAAUUAAUAGGGGUCUUUCUUACCUGGUACCCAACAAUAUAUUAAAGUUUCAUUUGAUUUGGAUUUAAACUUUUUGAGUUAUCAUCGAGAAACCAAUUGUUGACGCCCUGCAUCACGAAACUAAAAGCCCAGUUCAACUUCGUUACAACUCGGCUAAUAAAUAAAUUUUAUUCUUCUUCAAUAAAGUACAUGUAUAUAUAGUAAGGUACAUUGUUGCGCACAAUAUGCGGUUUGAAAGUUUAAGCUGACAUAUAACAUGGUUUUUGUCGGACACUUGUUGAAAAGAAACAGGUUGGGAUUAAUUAUAUCAAUUUUAUGUUUCUAACACGUUAUCGCUGGAUUACAUGCAGGUCCUAGUCUAAUAAAAUAAUACUUUGCGUGUUAAGGGUUACCAAUUACGACAAUUAUAGUUACAUGUAAGUAAAAGAAAAAUAUUUUACUUAUACCUGUAGCUAUAAUUUGGAAAUAUCUUAUUGUAUAUUAGUAAAAAUUAUGCAAAAGAUUGCAAACAAGUUUUGACACCUUAUAAUUUUCUUCUAAUGAUAAUAAAUAAAUCUGAUAGAGUUGUCACAUAAUCACACAAAAUUACAUAGGUGAGUGGUAAAAUCAAAUUGAUUAAAUCUUCCAGAUUCCUUUACAUGAAACUAUGCAUUCAAUAUCAGUGUUUUAAAAUACUAAAUACAAGUAUUAGACAUUUUACUAGAAUGAAAAUGUGCAGUAUUGAUUUUGCAUUUAACAUAUACUUUUGAUGAUCAAACUGUCACUAAACUUUUUCGAUUAACCAACGUGACUGGUUGAAUAACAAAAAUAACUCCUUUGAAAAUGUUUUGUUUUUGAAGUACAAUAUCAAUACAAAAAGUUUUGAUUCAUACAGCUCACCUUUGCUUAUCACAUCAAAGUACCAUGUGCCUUGAUAUUAAGCUUACCGAAUUGUGACUACAAUAGUAAUAAUAAUGAUUGUCUAUAUCACAAGUAAUUUCGUGUAAUUUGAAAUUCAUGCGAAUCAAUUAUUGCGUCAAAUAUAUUAUAUUUAAUUGAAUGAAAUAGCGUAAAUGUUAUGAUGCAGUCAUCAGGUGUAUAGAUUAAGGGAAGUUAACUAUUAUAUAUUGAUGACAAAUUAUAAUGUAAUAAUGCUUUGUAGUAAAAAUCAUUUCAAUCUGGAAUAUAAAAACCGCAAUGAUAUACAUUAUAUAAUCUAAUGUUGACAAUUUGCUUAUUAGAGUAUGAAAAGGUGUCUUUAGAUUGAACUUUUUAAGGUUUGAUAUCCAACCUAUUUCUAAAUUAGGCGAACAAAAAUGUCGAAAUUGUAUGCAAAGUUUCGUCUCUAAAAACAGAACCUAGGAAAUGUGUUAAAUAACCAACAAACCAAUUGGUCUGUUUAUGUCCCUGGAUGUCUGUAACGUUCAGUAUUGACAUGCAGCCACGCACCAUAUGAAUGCGAUAUAAACGAACACUACAGUGGUUUCAUUAUUUAUAAUAUUACUUGGGUGUGUGAGUAUUCGAAUUCAAACAGAAUGAAAAAGGUACAUUUGAGGAAUUAAGCUCUAGCUGAAGUUACUACAAUGAAACCUCGAAAUGAUUUGAUCAAUGUGGACGUUUUCGGCACAGAAAUAGUUUGCGAGUAUGCACGUGUGUGUAUGAGAGAGAUGGAACAUUGACGGAAGAGGCACUGUUUAUGUUUUGUUGAUUAUGCCAAAUUUCAAUAAAGCGUCAUAAUGAUAGCAAAUGCACAACAUCUGAAGCGUAUAUAAUGAUUUGAUUUUUAUUGUAUGUACAUACCAUUGUGGUAAUCGUAUUGUAAUGUGAUAUAUGCAUGUAUCUUUGUAAUUCACAUUAAAGUUACUCAAAAAUUCAAA